GAUGAGACUUUACUUCCGAGGUUCUGAGAACUUUGUCUUUCUCCGCAAUCCCUUAAAGUCCAGUGUAUCCCCCUUUUCUUGAUGUUCGGAACAUAUUUGGGCGGUAGAGCUGGAGCGGCAGUUCGCUCUUGUGGCUCGAGAUUUCCAACUAUGCCUUUGAGAGCUAAGAUUAUCAAUCCUGCAUUCGCGGGGAGAGCACAGAUGGCGACGGCCUCAGAUACCCCUUCAUACGCCCAAGCAGAAGUCAUUAAGGAGCUGGAAAGUGACGAGAAGGAAGAUGUUCUAUUCAAUUCUUUAUAUGGCGUGAGGACGAUCGAGCUCAACAGACCCCAAAAGUUACAUUCCCUCAAUGGAUCGAUGAUUCGAAAAAUCGUGCCGAGAUUACAAGAAUGGUCAAAAUCAGACAUGGCGAAUGUGAUCAUUAUUAAAGGAUCUGGACCCAAGGCUUUCUGCGCUGGUGGAGAUGUAGCAGCGCUCGCUGAGGACAAUAAAAAAGGCGAAGAAGGACAAGCUCGAUCAACAGAUUACUUUGCUCUCGAAUAUAAACUCGAUCACCUUAUUGCAACUUAUCAGAAACCCUAUGUUGCUUUUAUGGACGGUAUUACCAUGGGUGGUGGAGUUGGAUUAAGUAUACACGCACCAUUUCGAAUAGCCACUGAAAGGACGCUGUUCGCUAUGCCUGAAACUACAAUUGGAUUCUUCCCCGAUGUUGGAGCUUCAUUUUUCCUACCCAAGAUGUCGGGAUCUGUUGGAACAUACCUUGCCUUGACUAGUGAUCGGCUGAAGGGCGUCAAUGCAUUUUAUUCUGGAAUCGCAACACAUUACAUUCAUUCGACUUCUUUGCCGGCUUUGGAGAAACGUUUGGCGGAAUUACGAUUCAAGGAUUUCGAAACUUUGGCGCAGCGAGCACAAUUGAUUAAUAGCACUAUUGAGGAAUACUGCACUGGACUGCCUCAUGACGAACCAAUGCUUAUCAGUGGCGAAUUGCGAAAGGCUAUCGAUCGUAACUUCAGUAAAGCAAGCGUCCCUGAAAUCAUUACCGGUUUAAAGGCCGAGAUUGAAGUUUUGAAGGCUGGAGCGGAGGAAACCGGGUUGGAAAACCCACUCCAGGCAUGGCUUGAAAAGACUCUUGCUACCUUGCACCAGAGAUCACCUACGAGUGUUCAUGUAGCACUACGUCAAAUGCGCAUCGGAAAAGAUUGGUCAAUUACCGAGACUUUCCAGAGAGAAUACCAAAUGGCUGCUAAAUUUAUGCGUCAUCCGGAUUUCACGGAAGGCAUAGAUUCAUUACUCAUUCGCAAAGAUAAGAAUCCUCAGUGGAAACCCAAAACUUUGGAAGAUAUCAGCCCAGAGGACAAAAUUGCGGACCCAUUCUUUGCAGUUGAAGGAUCACAAAGGAUAAAACUACUCAGCGACCGGGAUUAUUAUGAGUAUCCAUUUCAAUUUGGAGUUCCAAGAGAAAGUGAAGUUGAGAAGGUUGUGAGGCAGGGUGGAAAGUCAGCGUUCCAAGUUGUCAAUCACUUCCUUCAGGCAACGGAAGGGAAGCAGGGCGUGAAGGAAGUGGUAACGGAGAUUAUUGAAAGAAAGACUACGAAGAGCGGGCUAGGAUAUCUUGAAUGGGAACAAGAUAAAAUCUCAAGUCCUAAGUCGUCAGAGUGAGGGCUUUUGUUAAGCCAUGUACAUGUUUCUAAUGUAUGAUAAGGGUAUUUGUGAAAUGGUAGGGGGGAUACAAGGCAUUGCCAAACACAAGAUCACUUUAUGUUGUCGAUAACUUAUUAGCGGUCGCAUAAAAAAAAGAAAUGCGAACAAAAUGUCAGAAUCAUAUUAGAGGAAAAUCAUCAUGUGAUGGUGGCCUAUCGGAUCAAAUAGGGGCUGAGUCAUUGAUUUCUCGAUUAGACGGGAGAUCAAAAGAUUCCUUCAUAGCCGAAAGUAUAUAAAGAUACGGAUAUCCCCCGCUGAUUUGAAGUUCGUAAUCCUGAAUCGAA